GCUUGACGUAGAAAAGAAGAAAACUUUUGCAUGUCUUUUGAGACUUUGAAAGUACACGAGUUCCACGGUAAGCCGACGUCGUAAAAUGCUAAGACGAAGAAAAGUCGUGAAAAUUUUCUCGUGGAAAUCCGCUUACGAUCGACUGAUAAUUAAUUUCCAUAGGAAUGAGAGAGGUAAAAUCUUGUAGAAACAAAAAUGCAUUAUAUAUAGGCGAGUAUCGACUCGUACGUAAGAAGGAUACACAUAUCUGCUUUGAAGCUGGACUUUUCGCUUCGUCUGCCAAUCUUCCUCCAGCAUUAUGGUCUACACCAUUCCUCCUUUCCUCACCUCCGUGAGUGCUAUUAAAAGGGAACUACAUACUCUGGCACUCUCUCGUGGAACUGAUGCGUUGCAACGGGAGCCACGACGCUUUAAGUGGGUGGUACAGACGGCUCCGAACGAGUACUUUGUGUCGACAGCGCUACAACAGACCGGUCCCAACAGGUUUUGGUCUACAACUCUGUGGAAAAUGUGCUGUGACCUAGAUUCCAGGAUUUACAGGCUUGGAACCACAGAUCCUAUGACUCGAUGGCCUUCGAAUCGAAUGAAAGAAGAAUCGUCGAUUCCCUUAUGCAAUAGAAAUUAUGGAUAUAAGGAAAUCUUACAAGUACGACAAAUGGUUGAACGGAACGCGAGAGAGGAUUCCACAACGAGUUCCUACGAGGAAAAUUCGAAAUCGCUACACCAAAAGCGAGAAUAAUGCGCGACUGAGCGAAUUUAUAUCAAGCGGACUCUGCAACUCGAGCGAAUCCCACAAUGCUUUUCAUUGGACGACUAUCCUUCUCUUCUCGUCUCUCCAGAAAUUUCUUCUCCUCAGUCUCCCGUUACCCUAUUGUUUCUGGUCUAUUCCUUUGAAAUAGCGCACAUUUCCUACGAUCAUUCUCAAUGAAGCAACUUUUGUUAAUUAGAUACGCUUUUGGACCAUUAACAAAGCUACAUUAAAUAACUGGAUCGCGUUAACUUACUCGGGAAAUGUUUUCAAAAGCGCGUUGAGUCCAAUACUUUCAAUAUACAUUUUCAAUAUAUAGAUAUAUAUCUAUGAUUAUAUAUACAUAUAUAAAGUUAGUUUAAUUGAUACAUGUAUGUGGAUGUACUUGAAUAUUUUCGUAAUUGAAAUAUAUAGUUGAACUAUUUCAAUGUUUCACGAAAUACUUGAAAAAUAUUUUCACCAACAAUAUCAAACAAGCUAAUCCAAAAACUGAUGUAACUUUGAUGGAAAAUAAUUUGUGUAUAGCCUGUUAGA